AUGUCGUUCUGCACCGCCUUUACGAACGGUCGCUGCUGUAUUCCGAUUCACGACGAGUACAUCAAAGACACCUUUUACAGCAUUCUGUCGGCGGGCUCCAUCUGCGCCGCGGCGCCCAAUGCAGCGCUCGUGACGCUCAAGGCGAUCCAGUGCACUGCGUGCAACCCUGCCGUCAGUUUGUAUCUCUCGACGCCGCGCAACGUGUCCUUCUUUUCGGCGCCACAGACGCUCAAAGUGUGCGCGGCCGCCGCGGCGGCCGUGAGUCCCCACCGCUUUAACGACUGCGGUCUCGUGUACAUCGGCAGUCGCAACAGUAUUUGUUUGCCCAAUAUACCUAUCGCUCCGUCGAUCGUCUUUCCGGGCUGCGAUGACGGCGAUCACGUCUGCUAUAGCACGACCAAGGGCGACUACAGCCCGAUUUGGUACUGCAGCAAAACUCCGUGCGGCGUCGACACGCCCCUUGGCUUUCGCGAUGUGGCGUGCCACGGGCCCUCGUGCACCGCCUCGUUCCAAUUCCUCAACGACAACCGAGGGGCCAAGCCGCCGUUCUUUGAAAUGUUCCCAGUCGAAAUCAUCGAUGAGACCUCGUGUGACGACGCCGCCAUCUGCUGCGUGACCGACCCGAGACUUGAGGCCUCUACGUAG